AUGCACUCCACCACCACUCUUUUCGCCCUGGUGGCGCCCCUCCUCGCCAAUGCCCAACAGGCAUACGGGCCACAGUACCAACAGCCCUCGUCUUCUGCCGUCCCUCCGCCACCACCGGUCAUUAGCACGCUUCUGCCGCCGCCGCCGUACCCGCAUCACUCGUACCCUCCUUACCCAGCUGGCAAUUCCUCCAUGCCCGCCUCAUCUGGAACAGCACCCGGUCCAACGGCGCCUGCAUCGACGACGGUACCAGCGAUACCGUCCUCGAGCUCAGAAGCCCACCCAUACCCGCCGCAAUCCACCUCCGCUCCCCCAGGUCCGCCAAACCCAUACUGGCAUGGCCCGUCCUCGACUCCUGGUGGUCCAAACCCAUACUGGCAUGGCCCGUCCUCGACUCCCGGUGGUCCAAACCCAUACUGGCACGGCCCAUCCUCGAGCUCCGCCCAACCAUACGUGCCAGAGUCCACCUCCGCACCUCCAGGUCCCCCUCCAUACCCUCAUCCACCGGCGUCCACGUCGGCACCUCCAGGUCCUCCUCCAUACCCCAAUCCACCCGCAUCCUCGUCGGCACCUCCAGGUCCUCCUCCAUACCCUCACCCACCGGCAUCGACCUCCGCACCUCCAGGUCCCCCUCCAUACCCUCACCCACCCUACCCAGCCGGCAACAGCUCCCUCCCCGCUUCAUCCGGCACAGCACCCGGUCCAACCGCACCUGCUACCACCGACCGCAUUCCCUACACCGUCCCCACGGCCGGAAUCUACACUCUCCCUCCACCCAUCACCCUCUUAACGAGCACCAUCUCGGCACCCCCCGCUUGCCCGACCACGUUGACGUAUACGAACCCGGGCGUCCUGGACGGAUGCGACAUCAAGCAGUAUGGACACACGAGUACCGCGUGGGUGGAUUGUCAUGGUUGUCAGGAAUUGGUGACGAGUACUUAUUAUAAUCCUUUCGCGGGGUUGGGGCCGUCCCAGCGGCUCCAGUGCUGCGCCGCCCGCCCCGACGACGACGAGUGCGGGUGGGGAGGGACCGCCACCGGGGUAUUAUCAUCAGCCGCCGCAGACGAAGGUUUAGAGUGGUUGAGAGAAAUGUAUGAAGAGGGGAGAGGAGGAGGGAGUGGAGGAUGA